CCUCGAAAAGAUAUGGAUAAGAAAACAGAUGAAGAGCAGCCUUUGACUGCAUGUAACCAGUACCCUAAAGAAGCAGUGAGGAAACGUCAGAAUUCGGGUCGAGGUUCCAGGGGCAGUGAUUCUUCCAGGACCUCCCGGAAAAGCUUCAGGCUGGACUACAGAUUAGAAGAAGAUGUAACUAAAUCAAAGAGAGGCAAAGAUGGGAAAUUUGUCAAUCCGUGGCCAACAUGGAAAUCACCAACCUUGCCAAAUAUUUUGAAAUGGUCCCUCAUGGAAAAGAACAACAGCAAUGUGCCAUGCUCAAAGCAGGAACUCGAUAAAGAGCUUCCAGUGUUAAAACCUUACUUUGUUCAAAACCCGGAACUUGCUGGGAAGACAGGAACUGGUAUGCGAGUCACAUGGUUGGGACAUGCCUCAGUUAUGGUGGAAAUGGAUGAACUUAUAUUUCUUACUGACCCAAUCUUCAGUCAGCGAGCUUCGCCUACUCAGCUGAUGGGUCCUAAGCGCUUCCGAGGACCUCCAUGCACAGUAGAGCAGCUCCCCAAAGUAGAUGCAGUCAUGAUCAGCCACACCCAUUAUGAUCACUUGGACUACAACACUGUAACGAGUUUAAACGAACGCUUCGGGAGUGAGCUGCGCUGGUUCGUGCCUCUCGGGCUCUUGGACUGGAUGCAGAGAUGUGGUUGUGAGAAUGUGAUUGAACUGGAUUGGUGGGAAGAGAACUGCGUCCCUGGUCACGAUGCGGUCACUUUUGUCUUCACCCCUUCUCAACAUUGGUGCAAAAGGACUGCGACAGAUGAUAACAAGGUUCUUUGGGGCAGCUGGUCUGUCUUGGGACCUUGGAAUAGGUUUUUCUUUUCAGGCGAUACUGGAUAUUGUGUUGCUUUUGAACAGAUAGGUAAAAGGUUUGGACCUUUUGAUCUUGCAGCCAUCCCCAUUGGAGCUUAUGAGCCAAGGUGGUUUAUGAAAUACCAGCAUGUGGAUCCUGAAGAAGCAGUAAGAAUCCAUAUUGAUGUUCAAGCAAAGAAGUCUGUAGCGAUUCAUUGGGGGACCUUUGCUUUAGCAAAUGAGUAUUACUUGGAUCCUCCAGUUAAACUGAAUGAAGCUCUUGAAAGAUAUGGCUUGAAAAACGAAGACUUCUUUGUCUUAAACCAUGGAGAGUCACGGGACUUGAGUACAAAUGACGCAUUUGAGUAACGAAACGGUAGCAGUUCCUUGUGAGCCUCGUUUGAUUUGACCUAGCAAUUAAUAUUACAAUUAUUGAUACGAUGUACUUACUAAGUAGAUUUUUUUGGAGUGAAUUGGGUUUUUAGAUACCAGGUUUGUCAGUUUCAGAACUAAAACUUGCAUACCGAUUUCAU